AACCCGGCGUCGAGACUCUCGCCACCAGCACUCGUGCUAAAAAUCCCCAACCCUCAGUACUACGGAAAAUUCACUUAUAUACUAGUAUCAACCGUCAGUGGCCAGAUCUUCUUUCUAUUCGCCCUCAGAGUUCAGGCACUGGAACUACCUCACGGCAAGGACGCCCUUCCCCGCAUCACUGGGUUAGGCUGGGUUGUAUUGGGCGUAGGCGCCCGCUCCUCCUGCGCUCGGAAAGAUAUUCUCUUCCCGCAUCCUGAGCUGAGAGCCACACAACUUCACACCUCAACGCGAGAAGGCCUGAACAGCAAAUGCUCGAGCGAGACGGCCAUGGCGUUUCUUAAGCGUGGGUCCGAGCAUCGCGCGAAACUACGCCAGGCCGUCCGUGGGCUUUUCAGCACUCAGUCAGGCACCGGGGGGAACCCCUCUCAUCACGCACCUGAGGGCAGCCACACAGCCGAAAGCCACAAAGAACCUACCCCCGUCGCCAGUGAAGCCUCCAAAAGCGCGAUCGUGAACUGCAACAACCAGCCCACGAAUAGCGAACAUCAAGCGCCUAAGCCGUCUCUCUGGGACCGCGCGUAUGAAGCACUGGGUGCAAGUGAUCCGAGACUUGUGGAGGAGUACGAGAGGCUGCUCUCAGAGGAGCUGAAGUCAGCAGAACACGCAACGCAAGCUGCGGGUACGGGAACCCCGCUGGGCCAGAAGCAGCUGCAGGCAAUAGUCGGCCGAUGCCUUGAGCGGCUGGAAGAGAAGAGGCUCGGAGACAUGAUCGCCCAAGUAGGCGGGUUGAUCCUAUGAGCCAAGGGGUUCAUCUCGCAGGCCGUACAGGUCUCACCCGAAGCAUCCAUUGCCUGGGCCGCGGUAUCCCUCGUCCUUCCGCUUCUCACAAAUCCCUUGACUGCAGCGGAAGCCAACCGAGACGGGUUCAGUUACGUCACCACUCGGAUGCGCUACUACGCGGCCUUCGAGUCCGAGCUCUUCCGCCUUGGGCAGAGCCGCGGUGAACAGGUAGAGGAGGUGACGGUGCAGAUUGUGGAUCUCUACGAGCAGAUCUUGGACUUCCAGCUCCGGAGCGUCGUCCGAUUCUACGCAAACCGCUUCAAAGACUUCUUGCGUGACGUCGUGCUUUACGACGGCUGGAAUGAGAAGGUGCAGAAAAUCAAGGAGAUGGAAGAUAUGAUCUUCCGAGAGCUGACCCAGAUCAAUGAUUUCGCAUCGCGAACCGAGUUAGAAGAUCUCCGAAAAGCCGGCGAGGAGUCCCUC